CGUGAACAGGGGCACCGGCGGCGCCGUCUGCCGCCGCGGCUGCCCCACCCCCACGCAGACCAUGUCGACGUCUGCACCCGUGCAGCAGCAGCAGCAGCAGCCACCCGCCACAUCUCCGGAAGAAGAGGACCACGAGAACUUGCAGUCAUUUUCGGACCCGCACUUUGGACUGGGCCAGGAGCAGCGGCGAGGCGCGCCACGCCGCAAGUCGAAGCGCGAGCUGGCCCAAGAGGAGAUUCAGCAGCAGCAAGAGGCCGAGGAGCGGGCGCGGGCUGCAAAAGAACGCGACGACGACGACGAGGAGCAAGACGACGACAAGGGGCUGCACGAGCACGAGCACGCCGUCAUCUCGACGUUUGACCUCUUCAGCAUCGGCAUCGGGCCAUCGUCGUCGCACACCGUCGGGCCCCUGCGCGCGGGCGCCAUCUUUGCAAACGACCUCAUCGAUGCCGGCCUGCUGGACCGCGUCGCCCGCAUCAAGAUCUCCCUCUACGGCAGCCUGGCCGCCACGGGUGAAGGCCACAUGACGCCCAGCGCGCUGCUCCUCGGCCUCGAGGGCGCCGACUGCGAGACAAUCGAGACGGACACGGUGCCCGUGCGCUUCGAGGCUAUCAAGCGCGACAAGGCCCUCGUCAUUGGUAGGGACAUGGAGCGCGCCCAUGGCGGGAAGAGAGUCAGCUUCGACUACGACAAGGAUCUCUUGUGGGAGUGGGGCGUGUCGCUGCCGCUGCACAGCAACGGACUCAGGCUAACGGUCUUUUCAGACGACGGCACCAUGCUGGCGACGAACGAUCUCUUUUCCGUCGGAGGUGGUUUCGUCGUCAAUGGUGCGCUCUCGACUGCCAGCUCGUCGUCAGCGUCAUCGUCGUCGUCGCCGAACAAGCAUUCGAUGACGACGGAGCUGCCACACACGGAGGACACGCUGCUUGCGACGACGGGGACUGGAGCGGCAGAGGAGUCACCAGAGAACCACCCGGCAGAUUUGGGCGAGAAUCUCUUCUACAAGGAGAUCAGGCGCACAGAUGCGGCGCCCGAUCGACGAGCAGGCGCAGACACGAGGGCGACGCAGGCCGGCCUACCCACGGAAGGUGUGCCGAGGAUCGCGGGGCAGGAUGUCGAGCUGUUCUCAGGGUCGGCAUCAGCUCGGCCAGGUGGGAAAGACGAGGGCGGAGCGCAAUCGGAGGGUGAGAGCGAGACAAAGAGGAAAGCGUCUGCGCAACCUCCGUACCCCUUUCGCAACGCCGCGAGUCUCCUGUCGCUGUGUAGAGAGCACAACCUGACCAUUGCGCAACUGGUGUACGAGAACGAGGCACACUGGUACUCGGCCGAUGAGAUUCGGUCAAAGCUGCUGCGGAUCUGGAAGACGAUGGACAACUGCAUCAGAGAAGGCGUCCAGUCUACCGAAAAGGUCUUGCCCGGCUCGCUCGGCCUGCAGAGGCGGGCGCCCGGCCUGUACAGGAGGCUCACUAGGGGAUUGUACCCGUCGAGCCACCAGCAAUUCCCGCCUCCUCAGGAAGACCGGGGAAGGGAGAGGGUGGAAGGUGGUAGAGCGCAGCCGCCGCCCAUGGGCAUCGAAUCUACUUCGCCAGCUUCCUCUUCGCCGUCCUCGACAGACCUUGCACUGAGCUCCAAGACGUCGAAGCAAGAGGGCACGACGACGAUUGCAAAGGCGGCUACAGGAGGCCCGCCACGCGUCCACGGCCGCUUCGACCACUACCUCUUUCCCACACCCCCACGCCGCACGACGUUCCCGGCCAUUGACUAUCUCUCCGUCUAUGCAAUUGCAGUCAACGAGGUCAAUGCCGCAGGCGGUCGCGUCGUCACGGCGCCGACCAACGGUGCCGCGGGCAUCCUUCCCUCGGUGGCCAAAUACGUGCUCGAGUUCAUCUCCGACGGCGACCCCUCCUUCUCACCCUCGUCACUGGAGGACGGGGCAGAGAUGAACGAGCGCGACGUCUUUACCUUCUUGCUCACUGCCAGCGCCAUCGGGAUGCUGUACAAGCGCGGCGCAACCAUCAGCGCCGCUGAGGGUGGCUGCAUGGCAGAGGUCGGUGUCGCGUGCAGCAUGGCCGCCGGUGCGUUUGCUGCGUGCAUGGGCGCCAGCCCAGAGACGAUCCUGGCCGCAGCAGAGGUCGGCAUCGAGCACAAUCUUGGCCUCACUUGCGAUCCCAUUGGAGGUCUGGUGCAAGCGCCCUGUGUCGAACGCAAUGCCCUCGGGGCCGUCAAGGCAGUCGUCGCGGCCAACCUGGCCCUGGCCAGCCCAAAGGGCUCCCAGCGCGUGAGCCUCGACGAAGCCAUCCAUGCGAUGCGACUCACUGCAAAGGGCAUGCGCAACGAGUUCAAGGAAACGAGCUUGAGCGGGCUGGCAAAGAGCGUCUCGACGGUGCAGAUCCCCGUCAGCGUGCCAGAUUGCUAGGCGUGUUGACGGCGUCAGAGCUUCGGUGUCCUCUCUCUUUCGUCAAGAAUCCAAUGACAGACCAAGACACUAGCUGGGCCCAGGUCUGGUCGGUCUGUUCCGUGGCUCAUCUCAGCUAGAGUGAUUAAGGACAAAGCAGGCAGGCGGGUCAAGCGACGAAUGAGAUGUGCGAGUGGUAU